AUGGCAUCCGGACAUGGCCCGGCCCUGGCCCAUAGGAGUGUCUCCAACAUUCGAACCGUCUCAGGUCAGCAGUCGACACCCUCAACACCACACACGCCGCCACGUGCCAUCUCAGGCUCUUAUGGCUCGCCGGCCAGCAUCCGCGCGGAUGACGAUUUCCUGCUCAUCGAAAUUGGAUCUCGGAAUGUUCGAGUAGGCUUCGCUGGCGACAGCGUCCCAAAAGCUGUGGUGUCGAGCGGGCCACGAGAGCAACGGCGUGCUGGCGACUUUAGGCAGUGGACGGGACCAGAGGCGCUCGGAGAAAAUUGGGCUCCCGAGUAUGAGAUCUGGCGUUACGACCUGCGAGAUUUCGAUCUUGGCCUAUUCCAAGAUAAGCUUGAGAGAGUCUUGCGCGAUGCAUUCACACGACAUCUGCUCAUUGAUUCGCGGCCACGAAGAGCUGGCCUGGUGCUGGACUCUGCAGUGCCUAUACCGCUUCUGUCAUCCGUUCUUGAUAUCCUCUUCACAAAAUUCCAGGCACCGCUAGUCUCUUUGCUAGCUUCCCCUACAAUGACAACAGUAGCGGCAGGCGUCCGCUCAGCGUUGGUGAUUGAUAUGGGCUGGUCUGAGACUGUUGUCACGAGCGUCUAUGAAUACCGCGAAGUCAAGUGUACUCGCAGUAUCCGAGGAGGAAAGAGUCUUCUCAACAAAACUUACAAACUAUUACACAACGUCAUCACCGGCAAGGAGGACGAGGAAGAAUCGCGCGAGUCUGACCAUGUUGUCGCCUUCUCCGAAUGCGAAGAUAUCAUGUGUCGACUCAUGUGGUGCCGAGGAACAGCAUUCAAAUCUACACAAAGACAGUCAGCACAGCUGGAUACUGUGGUGGAACAGGACGAGACGGAAGUGGAUGCAUCUCAUCCGCGAGGAGAUGCUAGAAUUCCACUGCACUCGACCAUCCCGCCAAAGAAAAUUGAGGUGUCUUUCGAGAAGCUGGCAGAUGUAUGCGACGCAGUCAUGUUUGACCCCUCGGCAAACCCGUCCGCUUUCGAUGAUCAUGAACUGCCUCUACAUUGGCUUGUAUAUCAGCAUCUGCUACAAUUACCACUUGAUGUCAGAGCUGUUUGCAUGUCUCGCAUCAUGUUCACUGGUGGCUGCUCAAAUAUUUUGGGCAUCAAGGAAAGGCUGGUUGAUGAAGUCUCCAGCAUCGUUGACAAGCGUGGCUGGACCCCAGUCACUGGAAAGGGCGUCGAUCGCCUACGAAACAGUACACAAGUUCGUCGCAGCAGCGCAAUUUCACGGCCCACUGAAUCUCCCGCCCCUUCAGAGUCAAGCGAUGAUACCGAGCGAUCACAGUCCCGGCCUAGCUCCAUUGCUACGCAAACCGAAGAAGAUGCCAUUGAGGCAAAGCUGGCCAGGAAUCGAAAGGUUUUACCACAAUUCCAAGGACAGCUGCGCGUGCUUCAUUCUUUGGGUCCUUGGGCUGGCGCCAGCUUGCUCUGCCAGCUCAAGAUUCCUGCCAUGGCAACAGUCGACAAAGAGCUCUGGUUGCAGCAGGGCGCUGGUGGAGCAUCGCGCCCCGGUGAUGUCGACAUCAAGAUGCAGCAGAGGCAAAGUAUGGGAGCUGGCGGUCUGAUAAGAGCAAGCGGUGGUCAUCAUGUAAAUUGGACGUUGGGGCUUUGGGGCUCGAUCUGA